CAUUCAAGACACUUCAACCCGUCAUCUCGAGGCCUCGGGCACGACUGUUGUCAAUUCGUUUUAAUCCCUAUAAUGACCGGACAAUAAAUCCUUGAUAUAGGCGCGUUUGCGCCCACUCUCAUUUACCCUCGAACCCCAGGCCGGCUUCUCAAAAUGGCGAACCCUCCUUCCUCCGACCCCUUCCUUGAAGUGCAGACCGACGUGCAGUCCACGCUCCAAAGUACACGGCACCUAUUCUCCAGCUACCUCCGCAUCCGUACGCUGUCGACGUCUGCCACCUCUCCAGAAUUGCAGCAGUCGCGCUCAGAGCUGCGUUCCAACCUCGAAACACUAACAGCAGAUCUCGCGGAUCUGUUGGACAGCGUCAAGGCCGUGGAGUCUGAUCCGUACCGCUUCGGCCUAGAUGUCGCGGAGGUACAACGAAGGAGGCAGUUUGUGCAAGAUGUGGCUGACGAGGUGGAUGGGAUGAGGAGGGAAUUGGAAGGCGUCACUACAGAUACACACGUCGCCGGAGGAGUAUACCCUACAUCGACCACUACUGCGCCCGGCGGAGGCAGCAGCACCACAAGAGGACCUAACGGGAGACUACCAAAUCCCUCGUCCUUUGAAGAUGAUCACGAUGACGAAGACGACGACGACCCCUACGGGGCCUUCGAGACUCAGCAGCAAGAGAUGAUGAUGCGCGAACAAGACGAACAACUUGACGGCGUUUUCCAAAGUGUCGGCGUCUUGCGUGGCCAGGCAGAAGACAUGGGCCGCGAGCUAGAGGAACAAGGUGCCUUGCUAGACGAGGUGGACACGCUGGCAGACCGGGUGGGUGGGAAGUUGAGCGUCGGAGUGAAGAAAGUGGGCGAGGUGAUUAGACGGAAUGAAGAUAGCGUGAGCAGUUGCUGCAUUGGCGUUCUGAUUGUGGUUUUGGUGAUAUUGUUGAUUCUAGUAAUUGUCAUUUGAGAGCAAAGGCGGCCCUAACUUUCGGUUGGACAUCUCCAGAACCGAUGAGCAUACCUGAAUGCUACGCGGUUGGUUCUUGCUAAGGACCACAGCGUUGGAGGGAAAUCAGGAAUCCUGAACGCCUGAAGACGACCCCGACCAGACCCCGACCAAACAGACGGCGUUUGAGGGAAGCCGCUGAGCCCAUCCGUGGAAACCCGAAGAGAAGCAGAAGCCUCUUAACAAGCUUCUUCUGUGGACGACGAUAUCCCAGCCAUAUCCAGACGACCGGGACUAACAUUUCAACCAUUGCGCGGCUUCUUGUGCGGUCUGUGGUCAUCCUCCUCUGCCUCCACCAAUUCCGGAGCGUCGUCAUCGUCACCAUCGUCAUCAUCCUCAUCGUCGUCAUCGUCGUCAUCGUCGUCAUCGUC